CCGGGUGGGAAAGCCCUCCGCGUCCGCCAUUUUGGCUGCCUCUGUCGGUCUGUUCAGUUACCACGUGAACCGCCGACGGAGACCCGUUGGGGGUGGGGGGAGGCGGCGGCAGCGUUAAGUGAGAAAGGAAAAAAGACAACGAGGGGAAGGGGGUGUCGGGGCUGGGCGACGCGGUGACACCCGAAGCCUGGUGGCGGCGGUGGAUCGGCAAUCAAGGCUGAAGCAGCCAGGGAACGGCGGCGGCGGCGGCGGCGGCGGCGGCGGUGGUGGGACAAACAGACUGACCGAGCCGGGUGGUGGCGGGAGCAGCGGGAGGAGCCGGAACGAUGCCGGCCGUGAGCCUCCCGCCCAAGGAGAACGCGCUCUUCAAGCGGAUAUUGAGAUGUUAUGAACAUAAACAGUAUAGAAAUGGAUUGAAAUUCUGUAAACAAAUCCUCUCUAAUCCCAAAUUUGCAGAGCAUGGAGAAACCCUGGCUAUGAAAGGAUUAACAUUGAACUGUUUGGGAAAGAAGGAAGAAGCUUAUGAAUUGGUUCGUAGAGGUUUGAGAAAUGACUUGAAGAGUCAUGUCUGUUGGCAUGUUUAUGGCCUUCUCCAGAGGUCAGACAAGAAAUAUGAUGAAGCCAUUAAGUGUUACAGAAAUGCGCUAAAAUGGGAUAAGGACAAUCUUCAAAUCUUAAGGGACCUUUCUUUACUACAGAUUCAAAUGCGAGAUCUUGAGGGUUACAGGGAAACAAGAUAUCAAUUACUUCAGCUUCGACCUGCGCAGAGAGCAUCAUGGAUUGGUUAUGCCAUUGCUUACCAUUUAUUAGAAGAUUAUGAAAUGGCAGCAAAGAUUUUAGAAGAAUUUAGGAAAACACAGCAGACAUCCCCUGAUAAAGUGGAUUAUGAAUAUAGUGAACUCCUUUUAUAUCAGAAUCAAGUUCUUCGGGAAGCAGGUCUCUAUAGAGAAGCCCUGGAACAUCUUUGUACCUACGAAAAGCAGAUUUGUGAUAAACUUGCCGUGGAAGAAACCAAAGGAGAACUUCUGUUGCAAUUAUGUCGUUUGGAAGAUGCAGCUGAUGUUUAUAGAGGAUUACAAGAGAGAAAUCCAGAAAACUGGGCCUAUUAUAAAGGCUUGGAAAAGGCACUCAAGCCAGCUAAUAUGUUCGAACGACUAAAAAUUUAUGAGGAGGCCUGGACUAAAUACCCCAGGGGACUGGUCCCAAGAAGACUGCCAUUAAACUUCUUAUCUGGUGAGAAGUUUAAAGAAUGUUUGGAUAAGUUUCUAAGGAUGAACUUCAGCAAGGGUUGUCCACCAGUCUUCAAUACUUUGAGGUCAUUAUACAAAGAUAAAGAAAAGGUGGCAAUCAUAGAAGAAUUAGUAGUAGGUUAUGAAACCUCUCUAAAAAGCUGCCGGUUAUUUAAUCCCAAUGAUGAUGGAAAAGAGGAACCACCAACCACAUUACUUUGGGUUCAGUACUACUUGGCACAGCAUUAUGACAAAAUUGGUCAGCCAUCUAUUGCUCUGGAAUACAUAAAUACUGCCAUCGAAAGUACACCUACAUUGAUAGAACUCUUUCUUGUGAAAGCUAAAAUCUAUAAGCAUGCUGGGAAUAUUAAAGAAGCUGCGAGGUGGAUGGAUGAGGCUCAGGCUUUGGACACAGCAGACAGAUUUAUCAACUCCAAGUGUGCAAAAUACAUGCUAAAAGCCAAUCUGAUAAAGGAGGCAGAAGAAAUGUGCUCCAAGUUUACAAGGGAAGGAACAUCAGCGGUAGAGAAUUUGAAUGAAAUGCAGUGCAUGUGGUUCCAGACAGAAUGUGCCCAGGCUUAUAAGACAAUGAAUAAAUUUGGUGAAGCACUUAAGAAAUGCCAUGAGAUUGAGAGACAUUUUAUAGAAAUCACUGAUGACCAGUUUGACUUUCAUACAUACUGUAUGAGGAAGAUUACCCUUAGAUCAUAUGUGGACUUAUUAAAACUAGAAGAUGUACUUCGACAGCAUCCAUUUUACUUCAAGGCAGCAAGAAUUGCUAUAGAGAUCUACUUGAAGCUUCAUGACAACCCCCUUACAGAUGAGAAUAAAGAACACGAAGCUGAUACAGCAAACAUGUCUGACAAAGAACUAAAGAAGCUACGUAAUAAGCAGAGAAGAGCUCAAAAGAAAGCCCAGAUAGAAGAAGAGAAAAAAAAUGCGGAAAAAGAAAAGCAGCAGAGAAAUCAGAAAAAGAAGAAGGAUGAUGAUGAUGAGGAAAUUGGAGGUCCAAAAGAAGAACUUAUUCCUGAGAAACUGGCCAAGGUUGAAACUCCAUUGGAAGAAGCUAUUAAAUUUUUAACACCGUUGAAGAACUUGGUGAAGAACAAGAUAGAAACUCAUCUUUUUGCCUUUGAGAUUUACUUUAGGAAAGAAAAGUUUCUUUUGAUGCUACAAUCAGUAAAGAGGGCAUUUGCUAUUGAUUCUAGUCAUCCCUGGCUUCAUGAGUGUAUGAUUCGACUCUUUAGUACUGCAGUAUGUGAAAGUAAAGAUUUACCUGAUACAGUUAGAACAGUAUUAAAACAAGAAAUGAAUCGUCUUUUUGGAGCAACGAAUCCAAAGAAUUUUAAUGAAACUUUUCUGAAAAGGAAUUCUGAUUCAUUGCCACACAGAUUAUCAGCUGCCAAAAUGGUAUAUUAUUUAGAUCCUUCUAGUCAGAAGCGAGCUAUAGAGUUGGCAACAACACUUGACGAAUCCCUCACUAACAGAAACCUCCAGACUUGUAUGGAGGUAUUAGAAGCCUUGUGUGAUGGUAGCCUAGGAGACUGUAAAGAAGCUGCUGAAGUUUAUAGAGCAAAUUGUCAUAAGCUUUUCCCUUAUGCUUUGGCUUUCAUGCCUCCUGGAUAUGAAGAGGAUAUGAAGAUCACAGUUAAUGGAGAUAGUUCUGCAGAAACUGAAGAACUGGCCAAUGAAAUUUGAACAUCAUUAAACAAGCAAAUGGAAUGACUUUGGACCAUAUCUAGUGUAUAAUAUUUUUGUCACGCACCUGCUGCAUUGCUCUGACUUACACAGAAUGAGAAGAGUAAAUGUUCUUGCCUUCAAA